AAGCUCAGAAUACAGUGCCAGUGAAGUACAGCGGCCGAGGAGGGGGCGUGCGAACAGACCGGCUGAAAGCAGAAGCUGCUCUAGUUAAUAAUAAAGCGGUAAUUUUUUAAACGAAAAAUAGCACUUCAGAGCCACCAACCGUUGAUUCAGCUGCAGCGUCUUCAUGUACCGGAGUUUUAGCACUGUCCGAUGAACUGCACCAGGGUACUGCAUAUCUUGAACCCCACACCAAUGCCGGGCCCAAUCAUGCCUGUAGACGUUGCCAUGAGGAUCUGCUUGGCCCACUCGCCUCCCCUGCGGAGCUUCCUCAGCUCUUACGAGGACUGCCGAGCGAGGAACCUGGUCAACGGGUACAAGCCUCUGAGGCCCUGCAUCAUCUCCAAGCAGGAGGUGGAGGCUGCCAGCCUGGGCUGGGAGAGCCCCAAGGCCAAAGGGAAAAAGCGAGUGGUGUUUGCCGAUUCCAAAGGCAUGUCGCUCACUGCGAUCCACGUCUUCUCCAACUUCGAGGAGGACCCUCUCUCCGAGCUGCAAUUCGAUCUGGGCGACCUUGAGGAUGGUGCCGUCACCCUCAAAAUGAACAAGGACAAGAACCUGAUGCUGGACUUCCCUCAGCCCGCCGCCGACUACCUGGACUUUCGGAACCGGCUCAAGAAGAACUUGGUGUGUCUGGAGAACUGCACGCUUCAAGAGAGGUCACUCGCUGGCACAGUGAAAGUCCGAAAUGUUAGCUUUGAGAAGUCUGUCCACAUCCGGGUAACCUUCGACUCCUGGAAAAGUUACACGGACGUUCCUUGCACCUUCAUGAACAACGUAUACGGCUGCCCGGACACAGACACAUUCUCUUUUGCUAUCGAUCUGCCUAGUUUUGUGCCUCCCGAUGAGCAGGUUGAAUUCUGCUUGUACUACAAGACCCAGGAUCAGACAUACUGGGACAACAACGAUGAGAAGAAUUACAGGUUGGUCCAUGCUGAUUAUGACGGUGACCAAGGACAGCCUGUGGUCCAGACAAAAGCACCUGAGUACAAGAACCAGAUGAAACUGCCAGAGAUGGAGUUUGACCAGUUUGGAAGCCCAAGGACCUCAAGCGGAUUCUUCCCAGAGUGGCAAAGCUGGGGCCACAUUGAAAACACCGCCCCCUACUGGUGAUUUCACACAACACUGUUGAUGAGUCUUCAAGAGAUACAAGCUCUGACAUCUUUCUCUGUGCAUGAAGAGAAACCAACAGUGUAGAUAUACAUCUUGGAAUCCUAGUGCCCCUUAUAAUGUGUCAUAUGUGAUUCCUUAUUUUAAAAAGAUGUCCACAUCUGUUUGAAAUGGACCUAUGGGAACACAGGGACAUUUCCAUAUGUCUCGAACCAUAGACGCUUGCAAAAUCAGAGCAUUCUGGUCCCUUUAAAGGAACUGGCCACAUCUUUGUUUUGCUAAUCAAAAAUUGAGGGGACUCAAAUGGUUUAGCCUCAUUUUUAUAUGAUUUGGUGUUUAAUGUGAUGCUACUGAAGUCAACAGAGCGCACUCGCAAAUUUAUAUGUGCUCGACUUAGUUGUGAACCUAACCCAGCUAAACCCCAAAUAUGUUUGAGUAGCAAGCAAGCUUAAUCAUUGUGACACUAUCAGAUUGCCUGAUUUGCUCAAGGUUAAAGUGUAUUCUGAUUCUACUGAAAUGCAAAAUUAGAACAGGCAAUAUAUGUAGAGUUACUUAGAACAUACAAAGACGGAAAUGAAGAUUGUAAAAUAUUUCCAAAUCUUAUUUGCUGUGAACUAAAGCAUUUUCAUGAAUCUUGAGAUGUGGUAGAGUAUGUGAUGUUGUAAGAUAGAAGUCUACCUUUGUAUUUGUGUCUGAUCUGCAGUUUGCCUGUACACAAAGCAAUAGUGUUUCUGAAAAUGCUUAAACAGUUAAAGCUUCCUGAAAUGAGAACGCGAGCACGCAUUUGGAAGUCUCUCUCGGUCACUUUAUAUAAAAUGUCUUUAUCAGAGAGGUACAGCUGUGUACAUUCUAAAGUUUUAUCUGAAAGGGUCAAAAAGUGAUUUUUUUUUUAAAUGUGGAAAAGUGCCUUUUCCCCUUAGCUAAACAUCUAUGUAAAGUGCAUGUUUUGAAACAUGAGCUUUUGAAAAUUCCCUGUGUUCGAUCACAGUAUUGAUCACCGCCCGUUGCGGCGUUCGUUUGCUUAAUGUAGCAAAGCCGUGUGAAUGUCACUGUAAUGAAAGCAGUGAGGAUGAUUUUGCACUGAAUGGAAAUUGCCUUUAGAAUCUCAGAAUGUGAAAGUUAGCUAAUUGGUACAACAUGAAGUCCUUCAUAUUGAAGGUGUCUUUAAUUCAUGGUACCUGUCAAUUAACAACUUUCAGAUAGGGAUGAUUGGAUAAAGCAUGUUUUGUAUGCCCCAGGAACAUUGAUAUUUAGUUGUUAUUGUUGAAUUAUGGUAAAUGAUAAUAAAUAAAAUGUCCCUUUUGCGCAUAAACACAUCCAUGUUGUAAAGCUUCCAAUACAAACACAAGCAAUGCACUUUUCACCAACUUUAACCCGUUUGCUGCUAUUUUGUAUCGGCUGGUUUCUCCAUAUUGCAUUUCUUGAACCCGUGGCUUGUGUGUUCUCUCUGUUUUGACAUGGAGAAGAGAUUGUGAAGGAACUGGGAAUGUUCAUUUUGAAAAGUUUGAGUAAGUAAGAAAAAGUGAAUUACUUCCACUGGAUGACAGUUUAAAGGAAAAGUUUUAAAUGGAGCCAUUGCCUUUUCAUAUUUGUUUUUCCAUCCUUCUAAAGGAAAAACAAAAGGAGGUUUGUCUUAAAGAGCAAAUGCCCUGGACUUGAAAGACUUUCGCGAAUGGUAAAUGUCUUGUGAGCUUUUGAGUAUGUUGGCGAAUGUUAAAGUUCUAAACAUAAACACGGUGUCUGACCGCCAGAUAUUUUUCUACUGCAAGGUAAGGUUUCUGUGUGGAAGAAUGGUUGAUUUCAUUUUGUGUUCCUUUCAGAAAUAAAACUUUAUGAUUUCAUUA